UUUUCGUUCAUUCCGCCUUCUGGUUCCGACUCGCGUGAUCGAGAGGGAGGAGAGAGAGAGAUGGGAUCUCCUCCCAUGGCGAUAGGCGUGAGGUUGUGGGUGUUAGGGCUGGCGCUGACGUCGUGGUGUCUUCACGUAGGAGCCAUUGGAGGAGCGAAAGGGCGGUUGCUGCUGGGGUUCUGGGAGACGCAGGGGAACGCUUCCUUCCAGUGCUCUCCCUCCGGUCCCUGCCUCCCCUGCCAGUACUCCGAAAAGAACAAUGAGAAGUAUCGUUGCAGUGAAACUGGCUAUCGUGUGCCACUAAAAUGUGUAGAAAUACAAGAUGGUCUGGAGGAUGAAACUAAUAAAAUCCGGAGAAGGCUGUCCUCUCUUCGAGAGCAUAGCGAAGCAGUGCAAAAACAGUUGCUUGCUGCAACAAGUAAUUACAAGUGGAGAAAGUUGUUGGAUGAUUCAUCCAGAUCAGAAGGUGGAAAAAGGAGCUACAUCACCUAUAGGAGCUGUGUUCCCGUUGAUAAUGAAGAAAAGUUGUCAGUCCUUGGUUUCGAGGUGAUUAUGGUGGGGCUGUUACUUAUCAGCGGGCCAGUUGUGUAUUUGAGGCAAAAACGUACUGUAGUGAUGCCAGGAGCUGGAGCUACGAGAUUCCCAACAAACUCUCCUAGGUUCUAGUGGAGCGGACCAAGGAUGAGCUAAGUCUCUUCAGUUAUAUCGUCCUCUGUAACCUGUGUUGUGAUUUUCUUCUUCUUUCUUUUUUCUUUUUUGUUUCCUUUUUCCUUGCCAUUUUACUUGGAUCUGGUAUAAAGUAAUAUUGCAUUUUGUCUAUAUAGAGUACAAAUGAAGCUUCAUAGAUAAUUGCUUGUCACAUGAUUUAAUUAUAAAAAGGUUUAUUUACUGUUUU